AUGGCUAGCUUUUUCUGCUUUGCUUCGGUUGCUUUGUUGUUGCGUGUAAUCCAGGGGCCAGUUGGACAAAUGCUACAAGAUUGCUGCGGCCAUAUCAGCCAACAUGGAGAUGCUCAAUGUGACGGGGAGAUCCUAUCGCGCACUGUGCCUGGACUCAGGCCUGGCACUCCAACUGCUCCCGCCCAUGGGAAGGACGUUGAAAAGCUGGAUCUGUAGGGGCAGUGGGUCCCGUUCAUAUGGAAUCCUAUAUGGAGGAUGACAAAUAUAUUUAUUCUGUCUGCGUAUCACUGCAGUUCCAAAAAAGAAAAGCUUUUCGUAGAAGCAAGUGUAACGGUUGAAAUGCGUUCUAGAGAGCUCCAGUAGCUGCGGACACGAAUCCAAGGUUUCCAAUCCCACGAUAAAUCUUGAUGCCCUCUUGAGCCUAUACUUGGCUCUUGCACCGCCGUUUUAUGUGGAGAAGACUGAAUAAGGAUGUUGGAAACAUGAACUGCCCCGAAAAAAAGACCCAAAGU